CCCGGACCUCAUUUUUCCAAUGUCUCCCGAGUCUCCCUCCAGAGAAUCACCUCUUACUUAUCAACAUCUUACUCCCAACACACUUCAUAAUUCCCAUGACGAACUUCCUACCCAGUGGUACUCGAUUCGCUCUGAUUCUCGUUCCUCCUAUGAGCCAUUCAUGUACCAAUUCCCAACUCUUCCACAAAAUAAUACUGCUGUUGGCAGAGAC